CCCCCUUCUCCUCCCCUUCCUCCUCCUUCCGAGCGGCCGGCCGGAGGCAGGGGGAGCCCGGGAGCAGCGUCCCGACGCGCGGCCAGCCGGCGGCAGGCGGGGUCCCUCGCCCGCCCGCCCGCGCUGACGUCAGGAAACUUUCUGGGCGGCUGAGGCGUGAGCCGGGCGCCGAGGCAGCGGGCCGCCUCCAUCCUCUGCAGGUUAAAUUGUGUUGGGAGGAAAACAUACCAAACCCUGAAACACAGUUGAGUAGAUACACUUUCAACAUGAACCGUGCUUUUAGUAGGAAGAAAGACAAAACAUGGAUGCACACUCCUGAAGCCUUAUCAAAGCAUUAUAUUCCCUAUAAUGCAAAGUUUCUUGGCAGUACAGAAGUGGAGCAGCCCAAAGGCACGGAAGUUGUAAGAGAUGCUGUUAGAAAGUUAAAGUUUGCAAGGCAUAUCAAGAAAUCUGAAGGCCAGAAGACCCCUAAAGUUGAGUUACAAAUCUCAAUCUAUGGUGUAAAAAUUCUAGAUCCAAAAACAAAGGAAGUUCAACACAAUUGCCAACUCCAUAGGAUAUCAUUUUGUGCUGAUGAUAAAACUGACAAGAGGAUAUUUACUUUCAUAUGCAAAGACUCAGAAUCAAAUAAGCAUCUGUGCUAUGUAUUUGACAGUGAAAAGUGUGCCGAAGAGAUAACUUUAACAAUUGGCCAAGCAUUUGACUUAGCUUACAGGAAAUUUCUGGAAUCUGGAGGAAAAGAUGUUGAGACAAGAAAACAGAUCGCAGGUUUACAGAAAAGAAUCCAAGAAUUAGAAACUGAAAACACAGAACUGAAGAAUAAAGUUCAAGAUUUGGAAAACCAGUUAAGAAUAACACAAGUACAUGCACCUCCAGCAGGCUGUGUGACGCCUAAAUCGCCCUCCACUGACAUCUUUGAUAUGGUUCCCUUUUCUCCCAUAUCCCCUCAGUCAUCAACACCUACUCGCAAUGGUACACAGCCUCCUCCAGUACCCAGUAGAUCUGCAGAGAUCAAGAGAGACCUUUUUGGAGCAGAACCUUUUGACCCUUUUAGCUGUGGAGCAGGAGAUUUCCCUCCAGACAUUCAAUCCAAGCUAGAUGAGAUGCAGGAGGGGUUCAAAAUGGGAUUAACUCUUGAAGGCACAGUAUUUUGUCUUGACCCACUAGACAGCAGAUGCUGAUGCCAAGAAACUAAAUGUGAAAUUCUUACACAGUGUUUUUUAAUUCUGAACAUGUAUUCACAAAUAUUAUCCAUGUGCCAAAAUAUGCUUUUUUUCAACAUGUGAACUCGUAUGAGGUUUGCUUCUGUAAAAAAAAAAAAAAAAAAAAAAACAAAAACAAAAACAAAAACAAAACAGUCUUUCCCUGUACAAAUGUAUAAAGUUGUAUUUGUUUAUGAAAUAUGAGUUAAAUUACACUGUUGUUUCUUUCCCUCGCACUUUGGCCCAAGUUUACUACUCUUUACUACUAUUUGCCUGGAAAUGUUCUUCAGAAAGCUCACACGUACCUCUCUGCAGAGAUGCAAGCAUGAUUUUCAUGUAAUGCUUUACUUGGUGGCAGCAUUUUGAAAGGAAGCUUUUAAACCAUUAUUUAAAGUUCCAUCUGUAAUUAAUUGCAGUUGCAAUGAAAAAACAGAAAAUAUUAACCAUUAAUAUAUGCUUAAAAAGUUGGUAUGCUGUGUAAUUAAUUUCUAUUACUGUGUACAGUUAUUACACUGUAUAUCUGUUGUUAGUUUAUAAAAUCCGGAAGAUUUUUAGGUCAUUAAAUCACAUUUUAGAAGCCAUCAAAUAGUCUGUUACUUAGCGUUUAAUAGCAUAGAAGAUCUGCUAAAUUGCAGAAAUGACGAAGUACCUACUGUCUGUUUUAUUUUAUAGCUGAACAGUAAAGUGUACCAUUUGGAAUUCAUUACAAAACAAAAAUCAUAAUGAAAAUUUGAACAUAAGACCAUGACUUUGCUUUUACUGAUGGAUUUAUGUAGUUUUGUGCACAGGCAGGCACUCUUUGCAGAGGUUCAUUUCUGUGAGCUACUUUCAGCACCUGAGUGUUCAGUUGGGCUGUUGAGUAUUGUUUUCAUAGUCUCCUUUGAUGUUCUAUGUCUUAAUAUAAGUUUGAAGCUUGCUGCAAGGUUUCGGUAUGUUAGUAAGUCCUUCAUACUCACUCGUUUUUCAUGUUACACAAGCAACUGCACACCAAAACUUUCAGCUGCUAAUGAGUUUAAUGCUGACCUUUCUAUGCAUACUCUUCACUAACCUUCAGCACAAGCAAUAAAAUAAUAUCUGGAGCUUAUCUCAGAAAAGGAUGAUAAUUACUCUUUCAAUGACCAAACCCCACGUUUGUUCAAUUUAAUUUUCUUAACAACUCUAUUAUUCUCCCCUUUAAACAUAAAGAUGUUGAUGAAAAUAAAAAAUAAACUGAGAGCUGGAUAUUUUUUCUUGUUUUCCAGAGAGGCUUUUUGUGACACUUAUGGUUUUGUCCUCAAGGUUUACAGUUUACACAAAAAUGUAUUUUGCAAAUUCGUUAAAGUAUGUAUAUUUUUAAACCCCCUUCAACAAAAUCCUUCAGAAGUCUGCUGAAAUGAUGUUAUUCCUUUGAGUUUGACUCAUGCUCAUAUACCCUGCUGAACUGGGACGCCAACGUUCUGCAUUGCAUUAGUCUUCCUCUCUAUAAUUCUUCAUUGAAUAUUCAUAUAGAGUAUCAUAUAUAUUAAAAUAUAUAUAUCUAUAAAAUCACUAACAAAUAGAAUAGUAUGUUUCAUAAAGAAAAGUCUUUAUAAUUUUGUUUGUCAUAUAGUAUUUUGAAAUUUGUAUAAUGAGGAUGUUUAGUAGCCAUAGUAAUGGCCUUUUUUUAACAAAUAGAAUUUGUAUUUUUAUUGUACUUUAAAAAGCUUUACAUAAUAAGCAUAUAUUUAGCGGUCAUUUAUUAUCGAUCAUAACACCAAAAUAAAUAAUAUUUGCACAUUUUAAGAAAUGUUUUUCUUUACUGAUUUUUAUGAUAGUUGACUGCAAAUGGCAUGAUUACAUAUUGCAUAACUGGUCAAUCCAUACAAAAAUACUUAAAGCACGACAUUUUUAAUGAAAAGGUUGUGUGAUCCAAUUGGAAACUGUAUUUCUAUGUAAAUUCAAAUGUCUGUUUAAUUUUGCCUAAAAUAAAUGUUUUUAAAUAAAUUGCAUCCUGGAACACAGUGUUCAUUCAGUUGCAUGCUCACUGGAUGGGAGGGAGUGGAGGUGCAUAAAUGUCAGAAGAGCUGCUGUGAAGAAUGCUUUGGAGUCACUUCACAUGGUGGUGUCAGCAGAUACCAGAUGUCAGCCACUGUAAAAGUACAUCCCAUUUUUUGUCCUUUUUUGUUACUGAGUUUGGCCUGAGCUGUAAUCAGGAGAGAGAAAUUUGUUCUAUAUGCAGCUAUCUAGUAUUAGUAACAUAGAAAUGUUGAUUCCUCUUGCUUUCCACAGUACUUCAUGGAUUUAAUGGACUUUUUAUAUUGCUUUUUUUUUUUCCUGUUAUACUUAGCUCUUAUGCUAUACUUAAGCAUACCUGGAUAGUAAACGACCUUAAUGGCUAAUUAAGGAAUACAGAAGGCAACCUCUGUAGGAUCCACCAGUGUUAAUGGGGUGGGCUGCAGAACAUGGUGUUGAUGCUUCUGAGAAAACUAAUCUUAAGCUUUCUCUUAAUUGCUUCUUUUUCAAAAACUCUCAUCAAUCUAAUACUCCAAAUCUAUUUAAUUUCUUGCAGAAGUGGGGCUUGGACAGUUUAUGGGACUGGACACUGUCAGGGAUAGCAAGAAAGGGGUAUGUGUAUUCUGCUAUGAGUUAUAAUAAACACAAGCUGCUCUUCUUUCUUAGAAUUUGUAUCAGUGUUCCAACUAGUAUUGGUGGUUUUUUUUUUUACAGAUAUUGCAAUAGUAUUGUGAGCUAAAUUUUCAGGCUAUUAGUGUAAAUACAUAUCUUUGAGACCAGUACAAGGAGUGUGGAUAAUUGCUCUUAUUUUCUUUAGAUUAAAUAGGAGUUCUCUCAUUGCUUAGAAGAGCUUUGUCUUCGGAAGCUCUCUUCAGUUAUCUUUUAAAAGCACAGCCUGGUGGCCUGCUGAUGAGAACAUGAAGUGCUUCUACUAACUGUGAACUUGGGUAUGUCACUUAACAGAAGACUUCUAUGUUCAAGCCUGAAAAAGGCAGCAGUAUCAUCUGUAAGGUUAGAAAUAUGCUAAGGGAGUGCUAGUGCUAUAAGGAGUGCUAAGGGAGUAGUGAAAAACAAAUUUUUGGUGUUGUGAAUUUAGCCUAAAAAAAUACUGAAUUUGGGUACUAUCAGAUUUGUGCUACUGCACUUUCUGCUUUUGAAUAUCUUUUCUUUUUCAAAUUUCUUUCAACUCUGUUAACAUUGCUGACCAGGUUAUAACAUCACAUUCUGUUGUGUAGUGCUGCACUUUUCUUUCCCCACUAUACUGAUACAUAUUCCCUAAGCUAUAUUAACAGCUAGAAAAAAGAUUCCUCCCUUUCUAUUCUUUCGUGUUAAAUUGACUUUUUUUCUUUUCUCUUCCUACAUGCUUAUCGCACCACCACAAGAGUAAAUGUGUUGCGUAGGUCAAAUUACUUCUUAAACCAAAUAAGCUCAUAUGUGAUCGACUUGUGUGUUCUUUAGCACAUGGUAAGUUAGUGAGCAUCGCUGCGGGAUGCUCUUAGCUUAACCCCUUGCUUUUACUUCAGCUAGAUCAGUUUUAAGUGGCUCUCUUUUGUCUCUCCACGUGACAGAUUGAUCAGGUCAUUCAAAUUGGCAAAGAUAAAUCCUUCAUGUGGCAAAAAGAGUUGUAUUUUAUUUUGGCUUCCCUUAUGGAAAGAAGGAAAGGAAAAAGACGGUGCCCAAAGUCUUCUCACACUUCUAGAGGUAAGUGUGGCUGUGUAAGUGAUUGAACUUGCCAAGAAAUUGAGCUGAUUCUGAGACUUCAUUAUGAUGAUUAUUUUUCAAUUUGUUGCAUUAAGCAUGGC